GGGUCCUGCCGCUCUUCCUGGAAGCAAAGGAGAAGAGGGGAACCCAGGAACCCCCGGAAGCGCAGGGCCCAAAGGCUGGGGCGGGGACCCCGGGCCCCAGGGCCGGCCUGGCGUGUCCGGACUCCCCGGAGGAAAAGGGCCCAGAGGUGAGCAGGGAUUCAUGGGAAACAUAGGCGCCACCGGGAGUGUGGGCGACCGAGGCCCCAGGGGACCCAAAGGAGACCGAGGACGCCCAGGUGCCCCUGGCGCUGUGGGGGCCCCAGGGAUUGCGGGAAUCCCCCAGAAGAUUGCCGUCCAGCGGGGGCCAGUGGGUCCGCAGGGAAGGAGAGGCCUGCCGGGGGCUCCGGGGGAGAUGGGGCCCCAGGGCCCCCCGGGAGAGCCAGGUUUCCGCGGGGCUCCGGGGAAGGCCGGGCCCCAGGGAAGAGGCGGUGUGUCGGCCGUUCCCGGAUUCCGAGGAGACCAGGGGCCCAUGGGGCAGCAGGGGCCCAUUGGCCAGGAAGGGGAGCCAGGCCGCCCCGGGAGCCCCGGCCUGCCCGGCAUGCCCGGCCGCAGCGUUAGCAUCGGCUACCUCCUGGUGAAGCACAGCCAGACGGACCGGGAGCCCAUGUGCCCCGUGGGCAUGGGCAAGCUCUGGAGCGGGUUCAGCCUGCUCUACUUCGAAGGCCAGGAGAAAGCCCACAACCAGGACCUGGGGCUGGCAGGCUCCUGCCUGGCCCGCUUCAGCACCAUGCCCUUCCUGUACUGCAACCCUGGCGACACCUGCUACUAUGCCAGCCGCAACGACAAGUCCUACUGGCUGUCCACCACCGCCCCGCUGCCCAUGAUGCCCGUGGCCGAGGAGGACAUCAGGCCCUACAUCAGCCGCUGCUCCGUGUGUGAGGCCCCGGCCGUGGCCAUCGCAGUCCACAGUCAGGACGUCUCCAUCCCCCACUGCCCGGCUGGAUGGCGGAGUUUGUGGAUCGGCUAUUCCUUCCUCAUGGGAAAAAAACCUGGGUUCUAGGAAAGGAAGGAAAAGAUCCAGAAGGGUUGCUGGGUGACCAUCACUAAGGUAUCACUGCUGCAAAAAAGCAAAGCAACAAGAUAGUAAGUUCCGGGCAGGGACAGGCAGCCCUCUUCUUUUCAGGAAGCUAAGCAUGUCGGGCGACUUGAGGGGGUAAACAGUGCAACCCUCCUCUGCCUCUGGGUCCCAGAGGAGCAAGCUCCAGUCCGUCCUAUGUCUAGGGCCCCCAGUCAAAUUCAAAAAUAAAAAUGAGCUUCUCCCCCGUGAAGGGAGUGACGACACUGUAUCUAAAGUCAGUCACAGCCCUGCUUUUACUGGCAGCUGCAUCUCAAAUCCUGUCACAGGAGAAGGGAUAAGUAACUCAGUAACUGCCUCCAAGCCCCGUCAGCGUGGACCUUGGCACCCUCCCCCCAAGGCAGGUGACAACCCGCAGUCCCCUGACCCCACUGUAGAGCCAGGGGUGGGACCAAUGGGCUGCCCACACCUUCACUGUGAGAGCCUAGGGAGGCCCGGUGGUUCGGCCAGUGGAGAGUGAGCGCCGGGCUUACCCCGUAAUGUGCCACUGCCCACGUGGGACGGUCACCGUCUUGUCUGCAUGUGAUGUGCCUUGGUCCACUGCUCCCUGGGGUCUGCUCCCCUCACCCCAGGGACCCCUCUCGGAGCUGAUCUGGUGUCUCCAGCCAGUCAGUAGUUGACGUUCUCCUUAUCGAUUCAGAUGAGGUUCCCAUGGGCUGUGAGUGUCCAGGACCACUUCUCAGGGCCGGCCUCCUGUCCUGGUGACUCUCUUAAGAGACAUGAGCUGCUUGAGUCCCAAAGCCAGAGGCUUGUCCGCUGAGAAGAGCACACUGGAAAGGGGGGGGUGUGUGCACAGCGUGCCUGUGGGGUGUGCACAUGUGUGCGUGUGUGCACAGCAUGCCUGUGGGGCGAGCAUGGGUGUGCACGUGUGUGUGUUUGCACCGGCAGGGCCUCAGCUCUGUCAGACCAAAGUGAGCCCGAGACACCCCGUGUAGACACACCUGCUUCUCCCUGCAUGUUUAUGGCACCAGGAGCUCUGCUGGGAAAGGCUCCUGCAUUCUGUGAGCAGAAAGCUACUCGAGGGUUUUUGUUUUCUGCUGUGCGUCUGAAGGAAAGGUCAGCCUGGGCGCCCGCCCACCCCCAUAGCGGGCGCCGCCUCUGCUUCUGGCUGGCGGUGGCCGAGCUGUUUCUGCUCUAGGGUAACAGGCCCUGACACCCCACUUACCCCUGACCAGGCCAACUGGCACUUUCUCUAGAUAAGUGCUGAGACCCAGGCCGCCCCACCACGCACCUUAGUAAGAGCUAACAUGUUUAUGAAGUGAAAAGAAAGGAGAACUUGAAAGCGGCCAAGAAUACCCCCUCCGACGCUCGGCCUGGCCUCCAGCCGGCGGCCGUGGGGCCGUCUCAGGUGGCCUACUGCUUAUUGCACAACCUUCUGAUCAAAGCUAAACUCAUUACACAAGUGUUAAACAUUCACUGUAGAAAAAUCAGCAAGUAGGGUUUUUCAUAAAAAAUGGUGGUAAUUAUACUAAGUGAAGUUAAGUCAGACAGAGAAAGACAAAUACUAUGUGAUGUCACUUCUAAGUGGAAUCUAAAA